AUUCUCACUUUGCAUGAAAUUAACUUGCUAUGUAUCUGCCACACUAGCCUUCAACUUUUGAUUCCUCUUAGGCCAACAACUCACCAAGCCCCACCUCCUAUAAAUUGCCCUUUUUCCACCAUCAAUCUUAUUCUCACCCUAAUCAAAAACAAACAAUAACUUCCCCCUGCCUCUCAUUAUAUAUACCCUUUUGUGUAAAAACUUGUUUCAACUUGACUAAAAUUUUGUUACCUAUAGUAAUAUCUAGACAUAUAUACAUAUAUAUGAAACGCAGGACCAUCUCUGAGGAAAGAUUUUAAGCUGGGAAUCAAGCAGCAGAAACGGUCCCCAAUUUGGAUAACAACCACCUUACAAAUCCCGAAACAAAAUUUCACCCUUUCAUUUUCCUUAUCUCUCAAAAGAUAAAAAGCGAUUCUCCAAUUUUCUCCCUGUUGUUCCGUGUCCUUUACAACACCGAAUCCUCAGAAGAACACUCUAGAGUACACACACACACACCAACAAAGAAAACCUCACACCCCAUCAAAUUUUUAGCACAAAGCCUCAAACUUUCCACAAAAUCAAAGAGACCCAGAAGAGAAAUGGAAGCAUUGACCAUGCAACGGCGUUUUCUGGAGACGGAGCUGAGCAUGCCGCCGUCGUACGGCAACGGCACGCGCGCAUCGUUCAUCAGCGACGCCAACUUCGACACGAACAUGGUGAUAAUCCUGGCGGCGCUGCUGUGCGCGUUGGUGUGCGCGCUGGGGCUGAACUCGAUCGCGCGGUGCGCGGUGCGGUGCGGACGGCGGUUAGGCCACGAGACGGCGGAGCAGGCGGCGGCGCGGCUCGCGGGGACGGGGCUGAAGCGGCGCGAGCUCAGCCGGAUACCGGUGACGGUGUACGGCGGCGGAGGAGAAGAGAUUCCGGUGACGGAGUGCCCCAUAUGCCUCGGGGAGUUCGAGAAGGGUGACAGGGUGCGAGUGCUGCCAAAGUGCAACCACGGCUUCCACGUGAAGUGCAUUGACAAGUGGCUCUCCUCGCACUCUUCCUGCCCCAACUGCCGCCACUCCCUCCUCGAGAAACCCGCCUCCGCGCCGGAGGGUGGCCGCGGCGGCGGCGGCGACGUCGUGGUGGUGGUCGAGCAGGCGAGUUAAAUGAGGGUGGAUGGUCCGGGACAAGUUUUGGUGGGAAAUUUAAUGUUAGUUGUUAGAGUAGUUAUUAAUUAGUUGGUUGUUAAUAAAUUUCAACUAGUGAGUAGCGACCAUCCAUACACCUUUAUUUUUUGUUUUAAAUUAUAGCAUAUGAUAAUAUAUAUGUCAAAAUGUGCGUGUAUCAGAUAUAUAUAAACAUGGUUGAAAAUGUACAUAA